AGGAAAAAUUGUUUCCUGCAAUCCUACUACACUGGAAGAAAUACCAAUCAUGUAUGAUUGAACAAUUGAAGUCUUCUGGGAAACAACUUGUUAUUGCUGGUGAUGGGAGACAUGAUUCAAUGGGGCACAGUGCAAAAUACUGUGCAUACUCAGUGUUUUGUUGCACUGUUCCCAACAUUAUUGAUUUUUCUAUUGUGCAGGUAAUUUGUGUCCAAGGUAUUGAAAAAGAUUGCAAAGGAAAGUGGAUGUGAGGCAAUUUCACAAUGGAUCAAGCCAUGCACCAACCAUUUGUUUUGGAGUGUGACAACAACAUUCAGUGGGCAUGGAUUGGUAAUGUUAGCAAAAUUCAAGUCAUUUUUCAGCCACAUUAUAAACCGUCACAGUAAACUUCCUGAUCGACUUUUUACCAAGUGUGCACAUGAUUCAAAUAUCCAAGAUCGGAAAUGGCUUGAUGAGGGUUAGUCAAUAUAAUGUUAAAAGAAAGGAUAGAAGUGUCUAUAUUAAUACUAACUUCACCGAAAGAAUAUUUUGCAUUCCUGAAACCUUGUCUAGUACCGAUAAUGUCUAUAGACAUCACAUUAUACUUAGCAACUUAUGCUUUGCCUUUUAGAUUCCAUUGCCUACAUCAAGAUGCAUGCAGCUUUGACUAAGCGAAGUUUGGUAGCUGGAAUAAAAAAGGCUUCUCCACUAGAGCAGACUAGUUGCCUUGAAGGCUUUCAUUUGGUAUUGAAUCAGUUUUCACCCAAAAUGCUAAGCUACUCGUACCCUUGGAUGUUUGCAAGGUAGAGUAAAUGAUUAUGAAAACUGUUAUUUUUUUUAAUUAAGAAAUAAAGCAAACCUAAAAUAUUCCUGUUUUAGACAUGCCCUGGCAGUAAUUCAUUUUAAUAUUAACUUGAAGAGGGAUGUGAAAGAAAUCAAUGGUGUCAAACAAGUUAAAUUGGUAUAUCCUAAGUUCAAAAAUGGUGAGGCCGUUGUUAGAAAUGUUACAGUAAAACCAAAUUUUGGUAAGCAAAGCUUUUGCACAUAAACAGAACAUUGAGGUUAAUUCUGUGAACCACCUUGUCAGAUAUUGAUGACUAUUCAGGAUUAUUGUCAUUCUUAAAACUACUGUAAUACCCAAAUAAGAAGAUUUUCUGGAAUCUAUACCACCUCCAGCACUGUUAAUAGAAAUUAAGCAACAACCAGUCACCAAUGUUUAUGGAAAUAUUCUAUGAGUUGUGCAACUUGCACUGCAUCCACAUAUUCUCUGGAGAAUCUACACCCUCUGUAAGAUCUGACCUUGCCAAAUUUCAAUUUUUGUAGACUAUGUUGAAAAGAUAUACCAGACAACCCUAUGUGCUAUUAGAGAUAAUACAGUGAAUAAAGCAGAAAAAGAUCUGAAAUUAAUGACUCCUUUGCCAAGGAACAGCACGCUAAAUAAGCAGUCAAAGGAUGAGGCAAUCCAGAAACACAGUGCCAGAAAGGCCGUGACAACCAUUGAUGUACCUCCUACUAAUCCAGGUACAGUAUGUAUGACAAUUAAAACUAUCUUCAGUUCAGGAAUGUUCGGUAUGAGAAAUUUCCGGUAUCGGUAUACCGAAAAAAUUAUACCGAUAUUAUCGGUAUACCGGUCUUCCUGAAGGAAAUUGAAUAAUUCUAAAAGGGAAAACAAUCAUUUCGAAGCUGUUUCGAAUGACACAUACUCAAUGCAAAAUCUCACUGAAGUGGAAAUUCUAAAUCAUUGCAGUAGAAAGUUCUUUGAAUUGCCAUUCAGUAGUAAAAUAAAGGUUAUGGUUUGCCAUAUAGUUGGGAAAUUUAACACGGUAUACUGAAAAAUUCCGGUAUAUCGGUAUGGUUGAAUAUCCGGUAUCGAUAUACCAAUAUUGAUUUAAUACCGAUAUUUUCGGUAUAUCGGUAUACCGAACAGUCCUACUUCAGACUAAAAUAAUCUAACAUUAGACAAUGUCAGUAAAUGAAUAAAAUAGGCAUAUUGCUGUGACAAUUUUUACUGUAAAGACUGUAAAGUUAGCCAUUGUUCGAACCAUAUUCGGAACGUUCAGUAUGUGUACCCCAAAUUUCUUUUAACAGAAACUCAUUGCAUAGAUACAUAAUAGAAUAUAAAUAAAUAUUGUUUUAAUUAUAACUACAUCAACUAUAUAUUCUUUUUUAAGCGUUUGACUUUGAUUUCAUAAAUAGUCUUAAUCAAGUGCUCCUGCCAUUUCAAAUAUUUAAGGAUGAGCGUCAGGGUCAUGCAUUGCAGACUUUUAUUAUUGUCAGCAACAAAUAACGAUAAAAAUUAUCUUGUUUGGUUCAUUUCCAAAAAAAAUAUAUGUAAACGUUCUGAGCAGGGAUUCAUAAAGAAUGGUUUAAAUAAUUGACGGAUUAAAAAGACAUUUCCCGAUCAGUAGUCCCAGUCGGCCCAUGAAAUGGAUACCAGCAGGAAAGGAAGUUGCACCUGCAAUGCAUGACCCUGACACUCAUCCUUUAAUUAAACAUAUUAAACUAUUUGGCUCCUUCUAUUUUGUACUUUAGUACAAGAAGCUCCAGUCAGCCAGGAUCAAACAACAGGAAGAGCAAAACCACACUGUUCCAUUUGUAAGCAACCCAUGAAAGGUCAUAAAAAUGUUGCUAAUUGCCCAAAGAACCAGAAGUAACUGCAAUGGCUAAGCACUCCUAUGGCCUGUAUGGGCAGAACUGAUUAAUAUACAUGUGCUUACAAACAUUGUACUAGCAAUAAUUUAAACUUUUACCAUAUAUUAACUUUUUAUAUUUCGUCUUCCUCAUAUCCAACAAAGUUAUCAUCAACAACUUUAAAGGUUGUACGGAUGGCAUGGUAUGCACAUACAGGUAAAGGGAUUCUUUUGUCACGAAUGACACCAUGCACCAUUCUUGUAAAUUGUCUAUAUGAGACACUACGAAGAAACCUGUGCAAGUAAAAAAAGUACUAAGUAAACUGAAUGCAUUUUAUAGGUAUCAAAUAUAGAUAUCAGUCAGUACCAAUUGUAUCAAUGCCCC